CUGUGUCCCUUUCUUUGCAAAGGAAUUUGACCUGGACGUGGUGGCUGUGGUCAAUGACACAGUGGGCACCAUGAUGACCUGUGCUUAUGAGGAGCCCACCUGUGAGGUCGGACUCAUUGUUGGGACUGGCAGUAAUGCCUGCUACAUGGAGGAGAUGAAGAACGUGGAGAUGGUGGAGGGAGACCGGGGGCUGAUGUGCAUCAACAUGGAGUGGGGGGCCUUUGGGGACAAUGGGUGUCUGGAUGAUAUCAGGACACAGUACGACAGACUGGUGGAUGAAUAUUCCCUAAAUGCCGGGAAACAAAGGUAUGAGAAGAUGAUCAGUGGUAUGUACCUGGGUGAAAUUGUCCGCAACAUCUUAAUCGACUUCACCAAGAAGGGAUUCCUCUUCCGAGGGCAGAUCUCAGAGCCGCUGAAGACCCGGGGCAUCUUUGAGACCAAGUUUCUCUCUCAGAUCGAGAGGUGAGUGGGCAGUGC